ACUCCAAUUGUGUAGAGAAACGUAUAUAUUUGUAAGAAGAAUUAAAAAUAAAAUUUGUAUUUUGUGGUGUCAGUUUUCUUUGAUGGUCUAUGCGGAAACAAAGAGACAGCAGUGAUUAAAUUGACUUUUGGAAUUCGCCUUUUUGAACUAUGUUGUUGGAACUUGUUGCUUCUCCCAUAAAGUUCUUUCUUCCUUGGGUUUAGAUUGAAGAAGAAGAAAAGAAGAGAGAUUGAAAUUGAGAAGCAAAGAAUGAGUUGGGAAGAACCAUUUUACACUCUCUUAACCAACUCAUUCACCCUUCUUUCAUGGCCUCCAUUUAGUUUGCUUUGUCCAUUGUUUGUUUCUGUUUGUGCAAUGGAGAGUGAUUCUCGUUCCAGCAACCAGCGAUGCCUUGCUUUUUGGGUUCUGUUUUCCUUGUCAACAAUCGUGGAAUGGGAACUUUCACUGUUGUUUAACUGCCUCCCAUGGUGGCCGCAUCUGAAAUCCAUAGCCACUGUCUUGCUGUUGAUGCCUUAUGUUGGUGCAGCACAAUGUAUCUACAAAUUCCUAAUUAGACCCUACAGUUCUUGGACCCUAUUUACUAAGAUAUCAAACAUCUUCAGUGAGAAGGGCACAGAUUUUGAAUCAGAUGAGGGGGCUAAACUUUUUGAUGUCUCUGACCAGACAAUUACAUCAAGUCAAAUACAGGAAAAGGAACGUGUUGAUUUCUCUGAUCAGACAAUUACGCCAAGUCAGAUACAAGAAAAGAAACUUGAAGCAUGUCAGGAUCAUAGUGCAGGUUGUGACAAAACUGAAAGCAGUUAUGCAAGGAUAACUACUAAAAAGCUAGUUCAGAAGGAAUGGAGCUGUGCUUUAUGUCAGAUUAGUACUACCAGUGAAAAUUGCUUGAGGGCACAUCUCAAAGGGAAGAAACACAAGGAUAAGGAAAAAAACCUAAGAGUAGAGUUCCAUGAAACAAAUAGCAAAUCCCUGUUAUCUUCUACUCAGAAAAGAAUCAAAGGCAUGGUUCUUAUAAGGAAUCUCAACCAAAUUGCUAGCAUUCUCAACCCAGUUUCCAGAUCCAUAAGAUGGUGUGAGUGGACAAAGCCAAAGUUUGGAUGGACAAAACUAAACACUGAUGGUUCUAUCUACAGAGACAGUGCCAGUUUUGGAGGGCUGCUUCGUGAUCAUACGGGUGAACCAAUAUGUGCUUUUGUCUCUAAAGUGCCUCAAGGAGAUGUUUUCUUGGUUGAACUGUGGGCCAUUUGGAGAGGCCUUGUUCUUUGCUGGGGCCUUGGGAUCAAAGCAAUAUGGGUGGAAUCAGACUCCAUGAGUGUUGUGAAGACAGUCAAUAGAAAACAGCAUUGUCCAAAAGCUGAUAACUAUUUGAAACAAAUUUGGAAACUAUUGAAGAAGUUUGAUAAAUAUCAAAUUUCUCACUCAUGGCGUGAAACUAACAGAGCAGCAGAUCAUCUUGCUAAGAUGGUUGUUUGGGGAAAUGAUGUGGUUUUGUGGCCAGUUGAUUUUCCACCUACCCUUUGCAGUAUCAUUGAAGAUGAUGCCAAAGGAAAGAAAUACCUCAGGCGAUGAGAGAAUGUUAGCAACACUCUUUUGAAAUGAACAAACUCUACUAUUGGUUAAAGUCUUGGAAACUAUAAACUUUAAACAAUUAGAGAGAGUAUGUUUCUACAUGAUCAUGAUAUCCAACUUGGGUUAGUAUCAGAUUGCCAUUUGAAUAGAGAAGAAACAAAGUUAGAAAAGGGUGAGUUAAAGCUUAUGUUGUAGCUUAGUUUCUUCUAUUUGGAGGUCAGGUAACAUCACUGUUUUAGACUCCAAAAAAGUUCAAGAUUGAUAUGUAGUGUUGCUACCACUGGCCAUUAACAUUGUUAAAGUUGUAGAGAACAAAUCUGAACUUUUUUUUUA